GUGGCGUAAAUACCAUUUUGUUACUAAAAAUAAUUAUUGACACUAAUUCUUAAUGCCUCUAUAAUACAAAAAUCGAAAUUUGUUCAAACAGUAUAAAAUAAUUGAAAAGAGAGCCAAUAAUGGCUUCUGGCACAACUUUGCAAAAAGCCAUUGAUUUAGUGACCAAGGCUACUGAAGAGGAUAGGAAUAAAAAUUAUGCAGAGGCUUUGAGACUUUAUGAACAUGGAGUGGAAUACUUCUUGCACGCUAUUAAGUAUGAAGCACAAGGUGAAAAAGCAAAAGAGAGUAUCCGAGCCAAGUGUUUGCAAUAUUUAGACAGGGCCGAGAAGUUAAAAGAUUAUUUAAAAAAGGGCAAGAAGAAACCUGUGAAAGAUGGUGAAGGAAGCAAGGAUGAGAAGAAAAGUGAUAGCGAUAGUGACUCUGAUGAUCCAGAAAAGAAAAAGUUGCAAAGCAAACUUGAAGGAGCUAUAGUUGUUGAAAAACCAAACAUCAAAUGGAGUGAUGUUGCUGGUUUGGAGGCUGCUAAGGAAGCUCUUAAAGAAGCUGUAAUUUUGCCUAUUAGAUUUCCACAUCUCUUCACUGGCAAAAGAAUCCCAUGGAAAGGAAUUCUCCUAUUUGGGCCUCCUGGAACUGGUAAAUCAUAUCUUGCCAAGGCCGUUGCAACUGAAGCCAAUAAUUCAACAUUUUUCAGUGUCAGUUCAUCAGAUUUGGUCAGCAAAUGGUUGGGUGAAUCUGAAAAGCUGGUUAAGAAUUUAUUUGAGUUAGCCCGAGCACAUAAGCCAUCUAUUAUUUUUAUUGAUGAAGUUGAUUCUCUAUGUUCCUCAAGAAGUGAUAAUGAAUCUGAAAGUGCACGAAGAAUAAAAACAGAAUUUUUAGUACAAAUGCAAGGUGUUGGUAAUGACAAUGAUGGAAUCCUGGUACUUGGUGCUACAAAUAUACCAUGGGUUUUGGAUUCUGCCAUUCGUAGAAGAUUUGAAAAGAGAAUAUUUAUACCUCUACCAGAAGAACCUGCACGUCUGGUUAUGUUUAAAAUUCAUUUGGGUAACACAUCACAUCAACUCACCGAACAAGAUCUUAAAGUUCUAGCCAGUAAAACAGAUGGGUAUUCUGGAGCUGAUAUAAGCAUAGUUGUCCGAGAUGCUCUAAUGCAGCCUGUCCGCAAAGUACAAACUGCAACUCAUUUUAAAUACGUAACAGGCCCUUCACCAACAGAUCGAAGCACGAUUGUCAAUGAUCUACUGACCCCUUGCAGCCCUGGAGACGAUGGGGCUAUGGAAAUGACAUGGGUUGAUGUGCAAGGCGAUAAAUUAUUCGAGCCACCAGUAACUAUGAGUGACAUGCUGAGAUCCCUCGCCACAUCCAAACCAACAGUCAAUGAUGAAGACAUGGUCAAGCUUGACAAAUUUGCGCAAGAUUUUGGUCAGGAGGGUUAAUUGUAUAGAAAUCACACACGAACACUGUAACAUGGCCUUCAUAUUUAGAAAUAAUUUAUUAUUCUCAGAUGUGGUUUCCAGAAUAUAACACUUCGCUUUCAAAUAACGUCCUCUAAUUAUAUUC